CGACAUCAACAAGCUCCCUCAACCUCGGAAAAGGAAAAAGAAAAAGAAAGGACAAAGGAAGAAGAGGAAGAGAGAUGCCGCAAUGACCAGGCAAAGACCAUCUGCCAACAUUCAGUCUCGGUCCCGCUCUAGGUCAGCCGAUAUCGCCGGCCAAGGGACCGCUACUGCCAUUCACCAUGAUCCUCGCCUACGCCAUCAACUGACCGUCUACGAUGCCGUCGCAGGUCGAAUCACCGCCAAACUCUCCAACAAAACCACCACCACAGGCGCCGCCGCCCAAGACGAAUCCCAAAAGCCCACCGAUGCCGAGCAACCGCCUAGGCUGCGGAAGGCGACAGUCCACAACCCCAUCCUAGCCCCCGAAGAAGCCCUCUUCCGCCGCCCGGAUGCCCCAGAACGCUACGCAGAGCACGACGUCUACAUGGCCCACGACCGCGACCUGCCACACCGCGACGUCCUGCCCGACAGCGACCUCCUCAAAGCCAUACAUCUAUACGCAAGCCAUUUCUACGCCGCGCUAAACGGGCCCGAUGCCCGCUCCGUCCGCGUCGGCAGCCGCUCCGUUGACGAGGGAAGCAUGGACGAGACGGCCCUCCUCGCCUUUGGUAUUCUGUUGGAGGAGGCCGGUCGGAAAGCCCUGGGGAAGCGUGGCGACCUUGUCUUUACCGAGGGCCAGGAAAUCGCUCCUCGUCGUGCCCCUCCCGUCGACCCCGAACCCAUCGCGGAUGGCGGCCGAGUUCGAGACGGACAACCACACACCGCAACCAGCCCGAGAGAUGAUGAUGUCUCCGAACUGCGGCCUUUGAACACCGUGGGGUUCCAGGCCCAUGGCACUUCCAGGCAUCCAUCAUUAGCCGAGCGGCAGAUCAAGAAAGUGAAUCGGUCCCUCCGAUGGUGA